AUCCUUAAACGUCACUGAUGUGUAACUAGGCAACAGCAACAUACUGCAUUCGUCUACUCCGUUAAGCGAGGACAAUGGAUCCUCGAUUGCUCCAAUGACACCUCCCCUAACCCCGCACUGCAACCGCCAUCCAUACUGCUGCCGUCCAGGUGAAGACUGCAAUAGCUCCAUGCGUGACUCGACCGUCGACACCAUGAGCAGAACUAUUGCUGACCUGCCACCGACUCCCAAGAGCAUACCUGCCUUUGAUUUGGAUCUGUCAUGGUAUUAUGAGAUCCAUCAUCCAGUUGAAGUGUUCAAGAAGCGACUCUUCAAUGAGCAACAGCAGCAACAACAAGAAAAGCAGCAGCUCAAACGACAACAUCGACAUACAUUGAGUUUGGAUAGACGACACGCAUGUCCAAAUCGUAGUAGCCAGCAACGGUCUCCAGACGAAGACAUGCUGACCAAACCCGCAGACCCAGUGUUGGUUCGGUUUGCUCAUGUACAGACAACGCUUGUCGGGGCAUCCAGUGCACAAGAUCAACUACAACGACUCAAACAAACCAUGACCACUCGUCCAUCUUCUUCUUCUUCUUCAUCGUCAUCCUCAACCUCAUCGUCAUCCUCUACUACUUCUUCUUCUUCCUCUUCUUCUGCAUCUACAUCAUCUACAGCAUCCACAUCAGCAUCAUCAACAUCAUCAUCAGCAAGUACAUGUAAAAGGCAACAAACAUCCCUACUCAACUGGCUUGACUCAGCAUGGGAUUGGUGGACGGACCGUAUCAUUAGUAGCUCACGACACAAGCAAAGCAGAGUGUUUGCAUUUGAACGACCGGCCAAGCAUGAAUGCGAGGCAGCAGGAAAGUUGCAUCAAAUACUGGAGGAGCAUUUCGAUGGCAAAUUAAGUGGCCGGAUCUACCCUACUGGCCAGAUUGUCUGGAGUGGUUCCCUGUUCUUUGGUGACCAACAGAAGCAGCAGCCUCAAGAGCAGCAACAGCAGCAACAACAACAGGAAAAGCAACAACAACAGAACAGCAUGCAGGAGCAGGAGGAAGCCAUCCACUUUCUGUGUCAUAUCGAUCCAGCCACAGCAGCAACAACAACAACAGCAGCACAUCAUCAACAUCAUCAAGAGGACCGCGUCAAGAUCAACUUUGUCUUAAAACAAGGUGAUUCACAAGUGAUGGAAUCCGCCAUCAAGCGCUUACUACAGAUCUGGAACGCGUAUGAACGGGACGCCAAGAUAGUUGCUGCAGCCAACGGCUGGUUAUAACAAUCAAAAGAUUCAUUAUAUUUUUUUUUUCAUAUAGCUACAUA